GUUGGCCCCGGGAUUCCUGUCGGCCCUCUGGCUCCAUUGGUGCCCGUCCCUAGGCCUGUUGUGGCCCCUCCCAAAGUGAACCCCACGGUCAUCCAGGCGGCCCCUACUGUGUAUUCUGCCCCGCCGGUGAAGAAGCAAGAGGAGGAGCAUCGAGAGCCCCCGCCCCCUGUGGUAGAGGAGAAGGAGCCGGUCGGGCUGGAGGAGCCGGUGAUUGGUCCCAGCAUGCCAGAGGCGGAGCCUGUUCCGCUGGUGGACCUGAGUCGGCUCCCUUCGCUGCGCGCACAUGAGCCUCCGCCCGCCCGCGGGAAGCGCCCCCGAGGACCUGACUCUGGCUUCGUACCCGUCGAG